UUUAAAAUAUAUUGGUUGACAAUUUUUGGAAGAUGAAGAAAAACCACGGUGGUAAUCCAAUCUAUCCACGUCGGAAAAAAGUGGGCAAUGUCAACGGUCAACCAUAUCUAAUUUUUCACUUUACUUUUUCUAUGCCUCAGAAUAAAAACCCCCCACCCCCAAAUUCCACAAUCAACUCUUUCAGUUUUUCAAACCGGAAAUUGCUUUUGCGACUUGGAGGAGAAGAAAUCGGAGAAUAAAACCCUAGAUUACGAAUCCAAUUGAGGAAAUAGGAGGUUUAGGAAUUGAAUCGUACCGGAAAUUUGGAUAUGAAGCUCGUUUGGUCCCCUGAGACGGCUUCCAAGGCCUACAUCGACACCGUUCAAUCUUUUCGUGUGAAGUGUGAUCUCCAUCGGGAAUCCGGCGUGGCGGAGCUGAUUUCUGCCAUGGCGGCGGGAUGGAACGCGCAAUUCAUCGUUGAGACGUGGUCGAGCGGCGGAGCGAUUGCGACGAGCGUUGGUCUGGCGGUGGCGAGCCGUCACACCGGAGGGAGACACGUGUGCGUAGUUCCCGACGAGAGAUCGAGGGGAGAAUAUUCUGGAGCGCUGGAGAGGGCGGGAUCGGCGCCGGAAGUGAUCGUCGGAGAGGCGGAAGAGGUGAUGGAAGGACUUGUGGGGAUAGAUUUUCUGGUGGUGGAUAGCCAGAGGAGGAAUUUCAGUGGAGUGCUGAAAUUGGCGAAUCUGAGCUCGAGAGGCGCGGUUUUGAUUUGCAAGAAUGCGAACUCGAGGAGCGAUUCGAGUUUCAGAUGGAAAAAUGUUACCAGUAAUGGAACGCGGCGGCUGGUUCGAUCGGCGUUUCUGCCGGUGGGGAAGGGUUUGGAUAUCGCGCACGUGGCGGCGAGUGGAGGAAAUUCAGGUUCCGGCGAAGGGAAGGGAAGAUGGAUCAAGCAUUUUGAUCGACGAUCGGGGGAGGAGUUUGUCAUUCGGAAGUGACUUUUUGGGGAAAACUCUGUCGUUUUUGUUAAUACAGUUUUGUCAUUUGUGUAUAACAGAUGUUUCUUUUUCCAUUUUUCUUUUUUUCCUUUUUUUUUUCCAUUUUGGGGGAGGGAUUAAUUGUAUGUACUUAUCAAAUUGACUGACAAUAUUUAUUGUUUUAUUAUGUGAAUUUUUUUCUC